AUGUACUGGUCAUCGAGCGAGCAGAAAGUUCUGCAGCCAGCCCAAUGCAGUUUUGAAAACCGGAAAAAAGUAAUUGUCGUCGUUCAGCUCCAGUAACCGUGGGCUCCCCCAUAAAACCUAACUGCUUCUUUCUGUUUUUGUGGCGAUGGUCGGUGAACUGGGUAGAAAAACGUCAUGUUCCCUCCCCCUCUACUUAAACUAAAAGAAUCUUAUCUUUUUUUCCGAAAAAGAGCAGAGAUUGAUCUGUGACUAGAUCCUAAAUCGGAUAUAGGUGUACACCAACGGCGGCUGAAUCAUUUCACAUUUUACAUUUUCCAUACUCGGCCCGCCUUCUUCUCGAAAUUCUAGUUUUCUGAUUUCUUCCAGAUCAAGGGCAUUAGUCGCCGACAAAGCAGAAUCAUGAUGUGCCUGGAACGAGAACGAAUCCCGUUUUCGAUCCAAUUCUUCUUUUAAAAUUGAUAGAAUCGUUUCCUUUUUCCUUUUCAACUAUAGCUGCUGUUUUGGGAGCGGACGAGCUUCAUUUGAAAUGAAUUCGUGAACAGUUCCCCCCCCCCCUCUGGUUUCUAUCACGCCCAUUCUUUUCUCAUAAAAUAUGUGUAGAAUGAGCAUGUUUUGGGUCGGGUGUCAGAUUCGUCAUGAUCAUUUCGAGAAGCUCCUCCGUGCAGUUGCGCGCCUUCUUGGAAUGUCUUGGGAUGACGGUCCGUGGGAUUUUGCAUUUUUUAUACACGAUUUAUGCAAAAGCAUGAUUCAGUUUAAUCUCAUGUUUCUUUUCUUGCUCUUGCAAAGGACCUACACUUAUGUACGCUUAAGUUUUUUGAAGUAAAACUUUCAGAGGUCGCAAAUGAUGGGUUACUCGCAAUCCCGUGUCAUCAUCUCGCUUCUUCUAUUUUCCGUGCUGAUCUCAAUUUGCCUGGCGGUCCCACCGGCUCUGCGUCCGCAAGAACUCAACGGUACAGUUCAGUACAUCUCCUUUUUUUAAACUUUUCUUUGGAUUUCAGCUGCUCCGGAUGAGUUCUUGAUUUAUGAUGAGGAGCCGUUCGAGCUGACCAACGACGGAACCGGAACCGGAGAGCCUCACGAGUAAGUAAUCUUGGGACCUAGACGGAUGCAAACGUGAACUACUUAGCGAUAAUUUGCACUGUUAAAGGAUCUUUCCCACAGACUUUUAAUACUUAAAACUUGAAUUAUUUGCAGGGAAAAACGAGCCGUGUUCCGGAUGGGCAAACGAGCCGUGAUGAGAUUUGGCAAACGGGCGGUGAUGCGAUUUGGAAAGCGAUCUGUGUUCCGACUCGGAUGA